UAAACACCAAAACUCCCACUAACAUUAAUAAACAACAAGGGUAUAUUUGGAAAAUCAACUUUCAACCCCUUCUUGACUUCAAACAUGAAACUAGUAUAUAAUCUUAGAGUAUUUCACCACACCUUCUUACACAUAUACACACACACAUUGCAAAGUGCAAAAUAAACCCCCAAACACUUUUUCAAGAAAACACUGCUUUUUAUAAAAUAAAAAAAAAGUUUUUCAAUUUCAAGAAAAUGGAAAAGGUAAGCUUGAAUAACCAAUUCUAUUUUCUGAAAAAUGCAAUGAAAAUUCUUCUCCCAGUUUCAGUAUUUUCAUUGGUAUUUUCUCAAUCUUAUUCAUUAUGUCCUUCUCUUCUCCACUCAUUUCAUGAAUUAUUUUCCUAUUUUUCCAUUCAAGUUUUCACCUAUAGCUCAGAAAGAAACUGUAUUUUCCUUCUUUGCAAUGGAAUUCUUGUUUUCAUUAUUAAGAAUUCAGGUCUAAUUAGUACUACUAACAUUUCUGAUCAAGAAAGCCACAAGGAGUUCAACUCAACAGAAUCUAAAAAUCAAGAAACUAAAACAGAGUUUCUUGAAAAAGUUGUUGAAAUUGAAAACCAAGAAAAGGUAGAAGAAGAAACUGAAAUUUUGAGUCAAAGUGAUUUGGUUAGUGUUGGAACAAUUGAUGUGAAGGAAGAUCAAGAAAGUUAUGUUCAAAUUAUUGAAGAAUUGGAAGAAGAAGAAGAAGAAGAAGAAACAUUGGAAGAAGAAGAAGAAGAAACAUUAGAAGAGUUGCACAAGAAGUGUGAUGAUUUUAUAAAAAGGAUUAAGAAAGAGAUCAUAAGGGGUUAGCAUCUUGCUAUGACAUAUAAUUUGACCAUGUAUUUUUUUUCAAACAUCUUGAUGUUCAGUAUUGGAAUCUCGAGAUUCAAAUUUGUGUUCUCUAUGUUCCAUUAGAGAGGAAGUAUUACUUACUUCCAAUUAUUUCUUUUAUUCUCGCAAUUUGAAUUCGAGAUUUUUAAUUAAGCUCAAUAUCAAGUUGACUUGAUCUGUGUCA